CAAACACUUGACUAUAUCCGAUCAACUUGGCUUGACAGAUUUUCACUAAAUAUUUUACUUGCAAAUAGGAUGUGUAACGUCUAGUUGGGGUAAACAUGGAUAGGCUGUUUUCUGUUUUGGUUGUAACGGGUCUUUUAUUAUACUGCGUAGAAGAGGGCGUCAGCGUAUGCAGCCAACAAAUAAACUCAUCAUUAGGAACAAUUCAGCCACCUAAAGAUCGAAGGAAUAUAAAUUGUACAUAUGUGAUAAAUUCCCCUUCAGGAGAUCCAGUCAUAUUAAGGUUUCUUAACAUCAACAUUCAAAAAACACCAGGAUGUGUAAAGGAUUAUAUAGAGGUUAAAGAUGAUACAGAAGACACAUAUAAGCCAGUAAGAAUUUGUGGAAAUUCUAUCCCAAGACCUAUUUUUGCAGUCUCAGGAGUUUUGACACUUACAUUAGUAUCCAAAGCGCCUGUCGACUCUAACACAUUUAAGGCAGAGUUUUACAGCUGUUCGGAUUGUAUAAAGAGGAUCAACAGUACAGAUCAACAAUUAGAUUAUGUCUCUGAUCCCAACAGAGACCCGUCAAUCACAGAUUUUGUUUAUCUUAUUGAAAAUGAUCGUCCAGUUAUACUGAAGUUCACAUCUAUUAACUUGGACGAAAGUAAAGGAUGUACAUUUGAAUAUGUUCAGAUCAAACAAGGAACUAGUUAUAACUCUCCGGAAGUAGGCACAUACUGUGGGCAAGACAUACCAAAACCUAUUGUUCUAACUCCAGGACAAUUUUCUGUCGUAUAUCACACAGAAGAACCUUACGGAAAUCAUGGAUUUACUGCUUAUUUCUACGAAGAGAAUAGUACGCAAUCCUUACCAAUUCCUAGUCAAGUUCUGGAAGGAAAGGGAAAAUAUGUCGAAGAAACAACAUCAAGGACAGCUAUCUAUGUGAUAAGUACAGUUGGAUUUUGUAUUGCAACUGUCUUUGUAGUCAACGGAUUAAUCAUUUGGAAAAGAAGAAGCAGGCAAAAGAAAAAUAAAGUAGAAACUGGUCUUGACAAGUAUGCCACAUUACAGAAGAAAGAACAAAAUCCACCAGACGAUUAUCAGAACGAAAAUAUAAACAUAAUUUACAACCCAAACUAUGUCGUAGCAGGCAGUCCGGAUCCUUGCGUUAUAACAAAAAUUGAAAACGUUGACAGUUCUACCCCUAGUAUCCUUGACGACGACAGUAUAUCACCCGCUGAUCUUCAAACUGUUAAGAAUAGUGGGGAUGCCGACAUAGACUACGCUUUAGAAGAAGGCUCGUACUAUGUUUUAAAUAUCUCAUCCAAAAAUAAAGCUUUAACAUCUGGCAAAAUGGGUGACAAAAACGAGCGCAAAACAUCACGUGAAUAUGCAGACGUUGGAUUUGAGGAUGAUUCUCGUUUGCAUUCCACGGAUACAUCUGAUAAAAUAUUUGAAGGAGUUACAUUGAAGAUAAGUGAUGUUCAUCACAACCUAUAAGAUAAAACAAUAAAUACAAACUCUUCUCAUGUAUAUUUUGUGUGCUUACGCUUCAAAGCUAUUGAAAAUCUUGGUAUUGUGAGUUUCCUUCAGAAGUAAUUAAACAAUGUCUUUUUGAUACUUCUUUAAACAAGGGUCAUAAAAUACAAAAUAAGCAGACAGUGAACAAAUGUUUGCUAAGAUAAUUUCUUGAUCAGACAAAAAAAUGGAGUCUGUCAUGUCUUGAGCCUGGAAUAGAAACAUCAUAUCAUCAUAGUGAUAGUGCUGUCUAUGGCUCAUAGUCUGAUGUCAUAGUGCUUUAAGUUGGAUCACUUUCUGCAAGGUCUGUUAGAGUCUUAAUUAUAAUCCAUGAUAUUUUGUGGAAAUACAUUCAUUGGAAUGACUGGUAGAGAAGCAGAAUUUGUACUAUUUAAUUUCUAUUAAAUAUUCAGCAAUGCAGAAAUACAAUCAUGGAUGCGCAAGAACACUAACCAAAGAAUUUGUAAAGUUUUCAUAAAAAAAACUUUUCAGCGGUUUGAAAAAAAGUUGAAUAGACAAAUAUCAUUGUACAGCGAGACCCUAGAUUUGUCCGGGUUUUGGAUUAACUUUUGGUCUUCUUCAAAGUGUAUAUUAAGUUUUUGAAUUUCUAAUAUGACAUUAGUUGUGGAAAUGGGCACCUGGUGUAGUAUAUUGAUACCGUUGAGGUAAUUACAACAAGAAAAGGGGUAAAAACUGUUUCACGAUACAGGGUCUUAACUUGACUUUUAAUACUUUAAUUCAGUCUGAUGCAGAAACAAAUUGUAGAAUGCACAACUUCAAUACAUAUAGAAAAAAAAGUCAUAUAGUUAUACUGAAAUCCAUUCUCGCGAUUGUGUCGAUUGAAAAUUGUAUAUAACGGACAAACGAAUAAUGUUUAACCAAAGAUUAUAUUUUUAAAUAGUUCUUUAAACAAUAUGCAUUGGUUUUCAUCGUGUCGAGGUGAAUUUCUCUGAUGAUGGACAAACACAUUUAGAAGGAAACGCAUUGGGGAAGGAUAAACAUAUCCUGCUACGAAUGUUGCUACCUUUAUAUUGGUCGGAAAGAAGUCAUCAAAAAGCAAAUAAUAUGUGAUGUCCGAUAAGUACGGAUAUCAUUAGAGAAAUAUUGAUACAAUCAUUUAAGUAAAGUUAGUCUUUUAGGUUAAGUAUUAAAUGGUUUAUAGCAUUUUUAACCGAUCUCUACUGAUGACCCCAACUAUCAUGAAUAUAAAUUUUGCUCUGACUUAGAAGUUAAUGGACCAGUUAAGUAUAAGUCAAUCUAAUUGACAAUAAACUCGUCAAAGAUACUACUAGUAGGCUUAAAAUUUUGUACACCAGAUGCACGUUUCGUCUAGAAAAGACUCAUCAGUGACGCUCGAAUCAAAAAGUUAAAAAGGCCAAAUAAAGUAAGAAGUUGAAAAGCAACUAAAAAGUGAAAAUAGAAGUAUUUGAAACGCAAAUUCCGUGCACAAGACGCGUAACUAUAUUACUAUUCAUCAAAGUCAUAUUAAUAAUAAUACCAGUCUCUUAAAUCGGUGUGAUUUCUAAUACAAAAUUGCGAUUUUUCUUUCCUAAAACACAUAUUUUCUGUCAUUCUGUGUAUUUUGAAUCACAUUUCUUUUUAAUCUUUUGAUACAUUCUUUGUAAAUGGCAAUCAUAAAUAAAUGUAUUAUUUCCUUAAAAGGUAGGGCGAAAAUGCCAUGUUUUUGUUUCCCUCACAAAGUCAAAAUCAGAAUGUUGUUGAAAUCUAUUAAAGAUAUGAAUAAACUGAAGAGCAGACGAAUACGUCAACAGGACGGCAAACACAGAACAAAAGUAACCAAAAGAAAUGUAGAGAGCAAAAUACAGUCUUUCACAGUAGACAGGUGUCUAUUUAGAGUAUAGAUAUAAUAUGCUUUACAUAUUUUUCAACAAUUUAACAUCUCUUUAUACAAAUUAAGCAAUAUAUCAAAUUAUACGAAGGUUUGGACUGGAGAAUGAGGACUGUCAUUUGAACAAGGGUGUUACAUAGGGGUCGGAAUUCAACUCUGCAACAUUCCAUCUACAAACUUGUAGUUUUAUUUUAUUUGUACUUCUGUGAGCCAAUCUUAUUUGAUAAUUAUAUGUGCUAAUAUUUGUAUGCUUAUGUGUACUUUCUUUGAUGGAACUUAGCUUAAUGUGAUGUGUUGUAUAUAUUUUAUAGUGUGUUGUAAGUUUUCUUAAGCUCAUGUUUCAUUUGUUAAUUGAACAUGCAUGUGCCGACACUUUACAAUACCGCGUCUUUUUCAUACAUGGACACUUUCAAACCGUUAGUUGUACAUAUGUGACAACUCUAAAUAAAGUUUACUUACUUGCUUA